GGAGAGAGGAGAGGAAAGGUAAAGAUGGGGAAUGUUCUAGCUGCAAGUUCUCCUGCUCCCCCUCCAGCAGGAUCCCCUCCAGUCCCAGGCUUAGUAUCUGUACCUCCUGGCUUCACAAUGCCCCCUGUGGCCGGGUUAACCCCAACUCCGGAUAAGAAGGAACCACAAGAAGAGCGGUUACCAAACCCUGGCACAUUUGAGGAGUGCCACCGCAAGUGUAAAGAAUUAUUUCCAAUCCAGAUGGAAGGUGUGAAGCUGAUUGUAAACAAGGGGCUAAGUAACUAUUUUCAGGUGAAUCACACAAUUUCUCUCAGUACAAUUGGGGAGUCUAACUAUCACUUUGGGGCCACCUACGUGGGAACAAAACAGUUGGGCCCAGCAGAGGCAUUCCCAGUUUUGGUCGGUGAUUUUGAUAAUAGCGGCAGUCUCAAUGGUCAGAUAAUUCAUCAGGUCACUAAUAACAUCAGGUCAAAAAUUGCAUUGCAGACCCAGCAGUCAAAGUUUGUGAACUGGCAACUGGAUACGGAAUACCGAGGUGAAGACUACACAGCCUCUGUCACACUUGGAAACCCAGAUAUAUUAGUCGGAUCAGGUAUCCUGGUAGCACAUUAUCUACAAAGUAUCACUCCUAGUCUGGCACUAGGAGGGGAAUUAGUGUAUCAUCGACGUCCUGGGGAGGAGGGAACAGUCAUGUCUUUAGCAGGAAGAUACACAGCUCCUAGCUGGACGGCGACACUCACCCUUGGGCAGGCAGGAGCACAUGCUACCUACUACCACAAAGCCAAUGACCAGCUCCAGUUGGGGGUUGAGUUCGAGGCCAGCGCCCGAAUGCAGGACACAAGUGUUUCGCUUGGUUAUCAGCUGGACCUUCCCAAAGCCAACCUGCUGUUUAAAGGUUCCAUAGAUAGCAACUGGAUCGUUGGAGCCACUCUAGAAAAGAAGUUGCCUCCUCUUCCACUCACUCUAGCCAUGGGGGCUUUCCUCAACCACAAGAAAAACAAAUUCCAGUGUGGCUUCGGCCUGACUAUAGGUUAACAUCGCCUUCCUCAUCUGAGCUAGUGGCCUCCCCUCCACACCCUGACUAGUGGGCAUCUCUUUGCUUACUAACUUCUCUUCUUACUCGCUCUUCCUCCCCUACUCCUGCCAGGCUUCAUUUUAAUGUUUAUUUUUAAUUUAAGGGGUAGGAAGGCAGUGAUGGAUGAAAAAAAACAAAAAAGAAAUAUUUAAACUAUGCCUUCAGUUUUAAGGGGAGGCUGUCAUCCUCUGUUCUUUCUGCAGUCUCUGAUUAGUGGGCGUGGUCUUCUCUACAGCGUUUUGUCCUGUUCAUUGGGGGGCUGUCUCAUCUUGUGUCUCUGUUUAUUAGGGGCUGCUUCGUGUUUAACCCUCCCACCCCUGCUCUCUCUCUGGUCCUUGCCAGAUUGAGGGCUUUAUUUUCCUUCUUUAACUUGAAGGUUUUCCUAUUCUUCUCUGGCCCUUACCUGUCUCGUAUCUGCUAGGCGAGGAUGGAAUCUCUGAGACAGCUGCUCUAUCAAACUGACUGCUGCCUCUCUGAUUGGUGGAUCUCUGCCAUUAGAUUAUUAUGAUAUACACAAGAGCAUAUAAUGGGGCCUGUGUAAACACAAUACUGAUCUUAUGCUGCUGUCUGGGGGUGGGGGGGGGGGGUUGGUGGGAGAGGGUAAGUCCUGCCGCUUACUGUGCCCCCUCAAUAGGAGUGUGGAUGUAAAUCAUGUUUAUAAGUUAUACAAACACAGAUCUUUUACACAAAAUUGAAGUGAAGUCCAAAGCGAAGUCAUUGCCGGGCAUGUUCGGCACAAAUAAAGUGACUUCUGCAAAGGG